AUCAACACGCCAUGCGAACUAUCAGCUGCAGCUAUAAUAAAUAAUAACAUAUCAUAUAACAUCAUGUACUGUAAUAAUUGUUCCAACUGCGACAAGCCAGUUUCUAGCUAAUUCGGAUUGUGCAUGUGUCAAAUGUCCAUGAGUUAUUCGAAUUUGAUUAUCACGAAAUGUCUACACCAAAUACAAAGUCGGUCCUCAAUAGGCAUUUUCCAUUUGCAAAGAAAAAACCGAAUAUACCUUCUAAACUAUCAGAUAAAGUUGAUACAAAGAUAAAUAAACAGAAAUUGAUUGAAGAAAAAAGUUUCCCUAUUGUUAAAACCACAGAGUCAAAUCGAUGUGAUGUUUUAACAGAAAAUAAUGAAAAAGCUAAACCUAUUCAAGAAAAAUUGUGUGGUAAUGAAAUUCCUAAAAGAAGUAUAUCAACAACCUUUAAAACAAUUAUAUCUCAAAAUGAUGAUUCAGAUAUUAUAUCUAAAAAAAAGAAGUCUAUUUCUCGGAAAUCAUCUAAUGUAUCAGAGGUUAGUAUAGGGGAGAUCAAAAAACCUAAAGAGAACUAUCAACGUUGGAAUAUUCCUUUCUCAAGCAAAUUUAAAGGCAAAGAAUUUGAUAAAACAUUAUUGACUAUGCAAGAUCUAAUAUAUUAUAAUCCAGUCGCCAAUCCUAUAAUCAAAGAACCUAAAGUAGAACACAAAGAAGAAGAUGAUCCAGACAAUGAUUUGUUAUCUAUUGAUUCCGAACAAAAGCCAACGGUUCAAAAUAACUGCAUAACUCCAUGUAUUAAAGUAGGUAUUGACGGCAAAAUUAUAAUUGAUCAAGAAACAUUAACUUUAAAUGAGACUGGUCUUGAAGAAAAACGAGAAGAAUUAGCUAAAUCUAAAGUUAUUGAAGAAUCUGCAUACCAUUCUAGAAGUUAUUCUUAUAAACGCAAAAAAGAAGCUUCUAAACAAUGGUCCAAAGAUGAAACACUUAAAUUUUACAAAUGUUUGAUGAAUUUUGGUACUGACUUUUCUAUGAUUCAGCAAUAUUGUCCUAAUCGAACUCGAGCUCAAAUCAAACGAAAAUAUAAAACAGAAGAAAAAAAAAAUCUACAGCUUGUGAAUGGUGCACUAACUAAUACAACACAUUUUGAUAGUGCUAGCAUUGAAGAUAUGCUUGAAAAUGAUAAAAUCGAAGAAAAUGUAGUUGAAAAACUUGAUAAAAGUGCAGACCCAGAAGUCAGCACUAAAAACAUUGAUCGUAGGCGUCAUAAAGAUAUAAUACGGUCAGAUUGUAGAAAAAUAAGCAUGUGUGCCUAUUUGUUGGAAGAAGAAAUUGAAAUGAGGAAUAAAAGAAAACGUCCAACUGAAAUAAUCACUGCAAAGAAAUUAAAAAAAGAGCUAGUCAAUAUGCCAAGUAUAAAGAACAAGAAAAAAAACCAUACACAAUCAAGCUUAAAUAUAGUUACAAAUAAAGAAAGCUUUAAACAUGAUAUUGAUGAAAAUAAAGAUGGGAAACCUAAAGUUCGAACAUUACAAGAUUUUCAUGAAGAAUAUGAGGAAUGUAUUACUAAGUAUGAAGAAUCAAAUAGCGAAUAAAAAUAAAAACAAACAUAUUUAAAAUAUUGUUGAUUUUGUUAUAUUAUGUAAAUUACAUUGUUCACUAAAUUUGAUAUUGUUACAGGGCUUAUUAUAAUACUAUUUUUAACACAAUAAAAGUUUUUUUAUUUUA